GGAGGAUUCAGAAGAGUCUUCAUCACAUCUUGAUCUCACACCUGUCUGCAAAUUCAACAUGCUGCAACGAGAGCUGAGCGUCCUCACCUUGUUGGUGCUACUAUGCCAGCAAAGUGUCAAGGCAAAAGACCUCAUCGCCUGUGAGGGAGAAACUGCCAAGCCCACCUGUGCAAAGGGAACCAUUAAGGUUCUUUCUGCCAAUUAUGGGCGAACAGACAAAACAGCCUGCUCUACUGGAAGACCUGCUAACCAGCUCUCAAAUGUUCAGUGCAGACAGAGUACAUCCCUAAGUGUGGUGGCCAAACAAUGUGAUGGAAAACAGGAUUGUUCCAUUCCUGCGACUAACAAAGUUUUCAGUGAUCCAUGUGUUGGGACUUACAAAUACCUGAAUGUGUCCUACACCUGUUCCCAAGGAAAAACAGUUAUAAUCUGUCAAGAUAAAAGCAGUGACAUUAGCUGUGAGGGACGUCGCAGACUUCACAUUCACUUUGCUAACUAUGGGAGGAGAGAUAAGGUGACCUGCCCUUGCCGGGAUCCUAAAGCCAUGUCCACCAUAGGGUUUAACACACCUGAUUUAAAUCACCAGCUCCUCGGUGACUACCAGUCAAACCAUUGGCUUUCUUUUUACGUGAUGAGGCUCAAGUGUUCGUGGAUGUGUCAUUAUAAUCUGGUUUCAGGUUUGCCUCUAAAGAGGAUUCAGAACAGUCUUCAUCAGAAAGCUUCAUCCAUCUGUUCAUCUGUCUGCACGUUCAUCAUGCUGCAACGAGAGCUGAGAUUUCUCACUUUGUUUGUGCUACUAUGCCAGCAUGGUGUCAAAGCAGUAGACCUCAUCACCUGUGAGGGAGAAACUGCCAGUCUCACCUGUGCACAGGGAACCAUUAAUGUGCUUUCUGCCAACUAUGGGCGUACGGACAGCACAACCUGCUCUACUGGAAGACCAGCUAACCAGCUCUCAAAUGUUCAGUGCACUCAGAGCACAUCCCUAAGUGUGCUGACCACACAAUGUGGUGGAGAGCAGAGCUGUUCCAUAGUUGUGGGGAAUGCAGCUUUCACUGAACCUUGUUCUGGAACUUACAAAUACCUGUAUGUGUCUUACGAGUGCAUCUUACCACCACCGACACCCCCACCACCAACGACACCGCCACCAACGACACCCCCACCACCAACAAGUGCACCAACAAAUCUGGUUACCUGUCAAUCAGGAACUGCCCAUCUCAGCUGUGCACAGGGAACCAUUAAUGUGCUUUCUGCCAACUAUGGGCGUACGGACAGCACAACCUGCUCUGCUGGAAGACCAGCUAACCAGCUCUCAAAUGUUCAGUGCACUCAGAGCACAUCCCUAAGUGUGGUGACCACUCGAUGUGAUGGAAAGCAGAGCUGUUCCAUUGUUGUGCGGAAAACAGUUUUCACUGACCCUUGUCCUGGAACUUACAAAUACCUGUAUGUGUCUUACGAGUGCAUCUUACCACCAACGACACCCCCACCACCACCAACACAGGGAACCAUUAAGGUGCUUUCUGCCAACUAUGGGCGAACCGACCGAACAACCUGCUCUACUGGAAGACCAGCUCACCAGCUCUCAAAUGUUCAGUGCACUCAGAGCACAUCCCUAAGUGUGGUGACCACUCAAUGUGAUGGAAAACCAGAUUGCUCCAUUUCUGUGAACAACGCAGUUUUUGGUGAUCCAUGUGUAGGAACUUACAAAUACCUGAUUGUGUCUUACACCUGUGUCCCAAAAUCAAUUAUAAUCUGUCAAGAUAAAAGCAGGACCAUUACAUGUGAGAGGCGUCGCCAACUUUACAUUCACUUUGCUAAUUAUGGGAGGAGAGAUACGGUGACCUGCUCUUACCCUAAUCCUAAAGUCAUGUCCUCCAUAUGCAUCUCCUCUGAGACCAUGACCCUGCAACUCCGGUGUAAUGGAAAGAAAAAUUGUCACUUACGUGCUUCAAAUUCGAAUUUCAUUGAUCGGUGCCCUCACAUCCAUAAGUAUUUGGAGGUGUCUUACAGUUGUGAAUAACCAUGAUAAACCCGGCACAUCCACAUCUCUAUUUCCAUAAGUCUAUUGAGCUGGAGGGAAAUCUGUUUUCUGUGAGAUUGAAAAAUUUCACAAGUGAUUUUAAUGCACUUAACGAUGUAAAGGCAGAUUUCUACUCAUUACUUUCAACCAUUGUGAAUCAUUUAUGCAGAAUCUGAAUAUUCCUUUAUGGUUUUGCGCAGUCUAUUGUUGUAUUUUGGACCUGGUCUAAGGUUUGUUCUGUCAUAUCAACUGUCUUUUCAAUAAAUAAC